CUCCUGUGUAGCUCUUGUCCAGUGUCUCUUUGACAUCCGCUCGCUCGCCUGGUCGACAUGUCGGAGUUCAGCACGGACCCCUCGCCUGGCCCCGGGGCUCCUCCCGGCGGGCAGGCGGCUCUUGGGAACGGGUCUGCGGCCAUCCAGAAAGAUGCGUUCGCAGACGCGGUGCAGCGGGCCCGGCAGAUUGCAGCUAAGAUUGGGGGUGAUGCCGGUCCUCCCGUGAACAUCAUCGCUGCAUCCGAUGGCUUUCCAUUCACUGCACCGAAACGACAGCUGGAGGAUGCAGAUGAACCAGAGAGUAAGAAACUGGCUGCACAAAGGGACUUCGACUCAGCAAACGCACUAUCUAUUGGUGCACAGCUUGCUGCUCUUGCGCAACAAAGGCCUUCUUCCGGCACAGAGGAGUACAAUGUCCCUGACAGCAUGGUGGGACUAGUUAUUGGCCGUGGAGGUGAACAGAUCAGUAAAAUACAACAGGAGUCAGGUUGCAAGGUUCAGAUAGCUCCAGACAGUGGAGGCCUUCCAGAGAGGAGUGUCUCUCUCACUGGUUCCCAGGACUCGAUACAAAAAGCCAGGAUGCUGCUGGAUGAGAUAGUGUCACGAGGGAGGGGCGAACCCACUGCUUCUUAUCACGAGUCCACCAAUGGGCAGAAUGGCACCGUUCAUGAAAUGAUGAUCCCAGCUGGCAAGGCCGGCCUUGUCAUUGGCAAGGGAGGAGAGACCAUCAAGCAACUACAGGAGCGUGCAGGAGUAAAGAUGAUCCUGAUCCAGGAUGCCUCUCAGGGACCUAAUGUUGACAAACCCCUGCGUAUUAUUGGAGACCCAUAUAAAGUCCAGCAAGCCCAGGAAAUGGUGGAGGAGAUUCUGAGGGAGAGAGACCACGCCGGCUUCAGUGAACGAAAUGACUUCAGCUCCCGAAUGGGAGGUGGCAUGGAUGUCCCGGUGCCGCGACACUCCGUUGGUGUUGUCAUUGGACGCAAUGGAGAGAUGAUCAAGAAAAUCCAGAAUGAUUCUGGAGUUCGGAUACAGUUCAAACAAGAUGAUGGGACUGGUCCAGAGAAGAUUGCGCACAUCAGUGGGCCUCCUGACUGCUGCGAACAUGCCGCCCAGAUCAUCAACGACCUGCUGCAGAGCAUCCGGGUCAGGGAGGAGGGACAGGGGGGUCCUCCAGGUCCUCCAGGCAUGCCUGCAGGUAACAGGGGCAGAGGAGGCGGACAAGGCGACUGGGGUCCCCCAGGAGGGGAAAUGACCUUCUCUAUUCCUGCCCACAAGUGUGGGCUCGUGAUUGGCCGGGGAGGUGAGAAUGUCAAGUCUAUCAACCAGCAGACGGGGGCAUUUGUGGAAAUCUCAAGACAGCCGCCCCCCAACGGAGACCCCAACUUCAAGCUGUUUAUCAUCAGGGGCUCACCGCAGCAGGUCGACCACGCCAAGCAGCUCAUUGAGGAAAAGAUUGAAGGUCCUUUGUGUCCUGUGGGCCCAGGGCCAGGUGGACCAGGUCCUGCUGGUCCACUGGGUCCCUACAACCCCAACCCCUACAACCCUGGACCGCCUGGGGCCCCUGGACCACCACAUGGUGGUCCUCCAGGUCCUCACCAGUACAAUCCUCAGGGCUGGAGCAACACCUACCAGCAGUGGCAGCCCCAGGCACACCACGACCCAGGCAAGGCAGCAGCUAAUGACCCUAACGCAGCCUGGGCGGCAUACUACGCUCAGUACUACCAGCAGCCGUCGGGGGCUGUGCCGACCCAGUACCCCGCAAACCCAACUGGAGGAGACCAUACAUCAGGCGACCAGACCCAGCCCGCACAGACACCGGGGGGGCAGCCAGACUACACCAAGGCCUGGGAGGAGUACUACAAGAAGAUGGGCCAGACAGGAGCUUCCGUCCCUGGCUCUGCAGCCGCAGCUCCGGGAGCAGCAGGGUCAGCGGCAUCCACAACGGGAGGUCAGCCGGACUAUAGCGCAGCCUGGGCCGAGUACUACAGGCAGCAGUCUGCGUACUAUGGGCCGACAGGACAGGCUCCUGGGCAGCCAGCCCCUCCCCAGUAAGGACAGAGGCAGUGAGAGUUCCCAGCGGAAAGUCUCAACCUGGAGAGAAUCAAGAAGACAGGACGAAGAGGAAAAC